AUGCAACAAGCAUGCACAAAUCCAGCAGCCACAACAGCAGCAUCUAGUAGCAAUCCUAAGAAAAAGCCCUAUAAAUCUGCUCUCCGUGAGGAGAUGGCUAAAACAUUUGGAAAGUUCAUUGUGCAGGAAAGAGAACAAAAAGUAUCAAAUAACAAGUUAAUAGAAGCAAAACCCAAAACAGCAUCAACUGAUUUCCGUCCUACAAUUUGUGUCUUCAGUAAUGCACUCGCAGAUGAUACACCACAUUCUUCUGUAGGCGGUAUGAACCAGACCAUAUUUGAUAAAUUUACAACACCAAACAUUGCUCGCCAUGACUCUCUCACUUUUCAGUAUACAACAUUUUCAGAGGAUGACGAUGAGUACACCCAACCGAUUACUGAUAUCAAUGAGUUCGUUCAGAAGUUUCUAUCCAACACAGACGAUGAAGAGGAAUAUGACGACGGAGAUGGAUUUGCUCUGAUUACUACAUCGAAACCCAAACCAUGUGCAAAGUUUGACACUUUUACUUCAAACUCCGACUCUCAAUUUGAUGACUUUGAACCCACAACACCAAAGACCAGAACAAAUAUCUCCACUUUUGAUUUCACAAGUGCACCAACUAACGUUUCUUCUAAUAUGUUUGACGAAUGUUCAUCAUCGUCUUCAUCGUCGUAUGAUACGUUUACAUCGGAAGAAGGAUCCAACAACAAUAGUUGGUCAGGAAUGACACGAAAGCCAUCCGGACAGGCUCCAAGAAAAGCCAGUGUAGCUCUGUUUGCAAAGCCAAUAGAGACCGAUAGAUUAGACGAUGAGUUUCAAGCUUUAAAGAAAUUCGAAACAAGAUUGCAAAGAAAAAGUGGUAUGCAUACCAGUGGAUACCGCCAACACAAUCUUUCUAAAAACAGAUACAAGAAUAUUUUACCAAACGAGAAUACUAGAGUUUUAUUGAAAUCAAGAGAACGCUUAGAACCUGGAUCUGACUAUAUCAAUGCAAAUCACAUUAUUACUCACUCAACCCAACAUUUUAAACACAUCAAAUUAUCAUCUCCUCCAACGUACAUCGCUACUCAAGCCCCUCUUCCCUGUACAUUUUGCGAUUUUUGGAGAAUGAUUGUCGAACACAACAGUACAAUAAUUGUCAUGCUAAGUAAUGAAAUUGUUUCGUCUGAUUCAGAAAGCGACGGCGAAGCAAAAGAAGGUACUGACCUAUUUGAUCAAUGUUUCAACAAGAACAAAGUGAACAAGUACUGGCCUUCUCUGCAUGAAAAGAAACAAUAUGACGAAGUUACAGUGGAGACCAUUUUACAGGAAGUAACACCGUACGACUUCACUUACAGACAGUUUUUAGUUUAUCAUGAAACACUACCGAGCUCAGGAAGAUUAGUGCAUUUUUAUCAAUACACAGGAUGGCCUGAUAUGGGAGUUCCUGACAAUACUGAUUCAUUUUUUAAAUUAAUAGAAUGUAUUGAUAAUCUGAAAAAGCGACCUGAUUAUAUACCCGGUCCAAUAACUAUCCAUUGUUCUGCUGGUGUUGGUAGGACAGGAACAUUUUGUACAAUACAUAUUCUUCUUUCACAGUAUAAGGAAUAUUUACGACUAUCGAAAGAAGAACGAGAUAAUGAUACACAUUUUGAUUUUAAUAUUUAUAAAAUCGUAAAGCAGCUCAAAAAUUUGAGAGUAGGAAUGGUACAAAGAAAAGAGCAGUACCGUUUCUGCUACACAGCUGUUAGAGAUGGUAUUAAUCACAUACACCAGAACUUAUAG